AUGGCUGGCCAGAAUGGCGGAAUUUGCCUUGUGACAGCUUGGCACAAGGCUGUGGGGGCAACGAAGUUUGAGCAGCGGAAGGCCAGGAUCCUGGCGGUGUGGCCACAGCCCUGGUCUGCACUGACGUACGAGACUGCCUCGGUCUCCGUGACGCUCGGGGAGCAGCUUCCUGUGAUCAAGCUGGUUCCACCUGCCGGAGAAGGGCUCCUGAAGCCCUCGUUCUUCAAAGCCUCUUGCUCAUCUACGCCUGCACUCAACAACGCCUUCGAUGACCUGCUGGGCUUUGGGUUGGUCGAGGGCUAUUCCGUCUUUGAGGUCGCUGCAGACGGCUCCAUCUCCAUCACCCCGGAUCCUGGGCUUUCGGCAGUGUUUGACACGAUGGCGAGCACGGGAUCUUCUCGAAAGACGAUUUCCCUGAGCUGCUCUGUGUGGGGGGCGUUUCCAGACCCAUCACUUCAACCAAUCAAGGCUUCUUUGAGCAUUGAAGUUCUGGACAACAUCUGCUGGGUCGCGAAGAGCGUCGCCGAUCUUUACGAGCCUGCAUCAGCGACGUCUGAGGCUGCCUGCCGGGCCGACUGCCGUAGGGACGCAGGCUGUGCAGCGUACCGCUGGGUCGGCGAAUGCAGACGAUACUACAACACGGCAACGCCUGGCACGACUGUGACGGCGAUAGCCAAGGUGACCGACUGCACUGCAGAGUCUGCCUGCAUGGAGUUGACGAGUCCUACCUGGUACAUGGCUGGAAUCUACUGCCCUGUUGCGCCAGACAUCUUCCACAAGAGCAUCCUCUACCGUAAGGACGGCUUGACGCCAGAGGAGACCAUCCACAUGACGAAAUAUCUUGCGGCGGUUGACAUGGCAGCCUCUGGGGGUACCAUUGUGGAUGCCAUCUGCGGCGAUGGUGAUUGGAGCCUUGACUGCAAGGCGUUUCCUGAUCAUCGGGUCAUCUCCGUGUUGACCCAGGGCAUUCAGCGUGCAGCCAAGAUAAAUUCUGCACCAGCUGGCAGCGAGCAGCACGUACAGCAGCCCACCGACAAAUUGAUGCAGACUCCGGGCAGGUGGACCUGCGAGGCAGUUUUCUGCUGUGCGUCGGGCGCCUAUGCCUUUUGCACAGGGAAGAAAGCGCUCCUCUUCCUCCUCCUCUUCUUCUCCUCCCUCUUGCGAUAA